AUGUUUGACGAAGAGUCCUUAUUCAACGUCUUUAGUGGUGAGACUACAGAUAACUUUGAUGAUGUUAAAGACGAUGAAAUUCUUGACGAUGUUGAAGAAGAGAUUCAACCAGCCACUAAACGACGCAACGAAGACGAUACAUUGAAUGAUCAAGAUGGCAAAAAAUUAAAAGUAGAAAACAAAGAGCUUCAAAAGUUUAGAGAAGACGUGGCUCAACAACCCACACCUAUUGUGGCUGAUACAUUUGAGCAAGAAACAUCCAGACAAGUUGCAAAUAUCGCAGGUCUUCAAGGACAGCCCACUGUUGCUGAAGGUGAGCAGAUUGUAUUGAGUCACCAAGUUAGACAUCAAGUCGCGGUUCCUCCAAACUAUCCCUAUGUUCCCAUCUCACAGCACGUGCCACCUGUUGAUCCUGCUCGUACGUACCCAUUUACCCUAGAUCCUUUCCAGCGUGUUGCAGUGUCAUCUAUUGAACGAAAUGAAUCUGUAUUGGUUUCAGCACAUACUUCUGCGGGUAAAACAGUCGUGGCAGAAUAUGCUAUUGCUCAAUGCUUAAAAAACAAGCAACGUGUUAUUUAUACUUCUCCUAUCAAGGCACUUUCCAAUCAGAAAUAUCGUGAAUUUACAGAAGAAUUUGGUGAUGUAGGCUUGAUGACGGGUGAUGUUACCAUCAAUCCACAUGCAUCUUGUCUUGUUAUGACAACUGAAAUUUUAAGAUCUAUGUUAUACCGUGGUUCUGAAAUUAUUCGUGAAGUCGCAUGGGUUGUUUAUGAUGAAAUUCACUAUAUGAGAGAUUCAGAACGUGGUGUUGUUUGGGAAGAAUCGAUCAUUUUGCUACCUGACGCAGUUAGAUACGUUUUCUUAUCUGCUACAAUUCCUAAUGCUAUGGAAUUUGCAGAAUGGAUUUGUAAGAUACACCAACAGCCAUGUCACAUUGUCUAUACCGAUUUCCGACCUACUCCUCUUCAACACUAUUUAUUCCCUGCCGGUGGUGAUGGUAUUCAUUUAGUUGUAGAUGAAAAAAGUAGAUUUAGAGAAGACAACUUCCAGAGAGCCAUUGCUGCUCUAAGCGAUGCAAGAGGAGAUGAUCCCAGUGGACCAAAUAGCCGUGGAAAGAAAGGAAAGACAUAUAAGGGCGGAAAUAGUAACGAUGGUCCACCAGAUAUUUAUCGUAUUAUAAAAAUGAUCAUGAUGAAGAACUAUCAUCCUGUGAUCGUGUUUAGUUUUUCCAAAAGAGAAUGUGAAGCAAAUGCACUUGUCAUGUCAAAGCUGGACUUUAAUGACGAUAGCGAACGAGACAUGGUAAACCAAGUAUUCACAAACGCCAUCUCUGGAUUAAACGAGGAUGAUCGCCAACUUCCACAAAUUCAGCAAUUACUUCCACUUUUACGACGUGGUAUCGGUGUCCAUCACGGUGGUCUCUUACCCAUUAUGAAGGAAACGAUCGAAGUUCUCUUCCAAGAAGGCCUUUUGAAAGUCCUGUUUGCUACUGAAACAUUCUCUAUUGGUUUGAACAUGCCUGCUAAAACUGUCGUAUUCACUAGUGUUCGUAAAUAUGAUGGCAAGUCUACUCGAUGGGUAACGUCAGGUGAAUAUAUCCAAAUGUCUGGUCGUGCUGGUCGUCGUGGUCUUGAUGAACGUGGUGUUGUUAUUAUGAUGAUUGACGAAAAGAUGGAACCUGCGGUAGCAAAGGGCAUGGUUAAAGGUGAAUCUGAUCGUAUGAAUUCAGCCUUCCAUUUGAGUUAUAAUAUGAUCUUGAAUUUGCUUCGUGUUGAAGGCGUCAGCCCUGAAUACAUGUUAGAAAAGUGUUUUUACACCUUUCAAAAUGAUGCAAAUAUUCCUCAAUUCGAAAAUCAAAUGAAGCAAUUAGUAGCUGAAAAGGACAGUAUACAGAUUGAAGGCGAAGAAGAAAUAUCGACCUAUUAUGAACUUCGAAAACAGAUUGAUACUUAUACUCAAGACGUGCGUGACGUUAUGCUUCAUCCCACUUAUUCUUUACCAUUUAUGCAACCUGGGCGCUUAGUACGUGUAGAAUAUGAAAAGAUGGACUUUGGCUGGGGCGCUGUUUUGAACUGUCAAAAGCUCAACAGCCGAAAGAGGGCAUCCGAUCAAGAUAGUGAACCCAACUAUGUAGUUGACAUAUUAUUAAACUGCUCUAAAGACAGUAGUCUUACAAAGGAUGCAGCUGGUCAACCUACAGGUAUCAAACCCGCCACGAAUGAUGAUGAACGUAAUCCACUGGUUAUUCCAGUCAGCUUGCGUACUAUUCAAAGUAUCAGUCAUAUUCGACUUGUUCUUCCAAAAGAUUUACGAAGCUCAGAUACACGCAAAGCAGCAUACAAGUCCAUUAUGGAAGUAAAAAAGAGAUUCCAUGGAAAUAUUCCGUUAUUAGACCCCAUAAAUAACAUGGGCAUCAAAGAUCCUUCAUUCCAAAAACUGGUCAACAAGAUUCUCAACUUGGAAAAGAGAGUGAUGGAUCAUCCAUUGACUAAAUCACCCGACUUGCCAGUUUUAUAUGAGACAUACACAAAAAAGAUGGAAAUUACUGAAAAGAUUAAAGAUUUGAAGAGAAAGCUCGUUGAAGCUCAAUCUAUAGUACAGUUGGAAGAACUUAAGAAUAGAAAACGUGUGCUGAGAAGACUAGGCUUUACUACUUCAUCAGACGUUGUGGAAAUGAAGGGCCGUGUUGCCUGUGAGAUUAGCUCAGGUGAUGAAUUGUUAUUGACAGAAAUGAUUUUCCAAGGUGUCUUUAAUGAUCUUACAGUGGAUCAAUCAGUUGCCGUUUUAAGUUGCUUUGUAUUUGAUGAAAAAGUGGAUGCGAAAGCAAAAUUACAAGAAGAACUAUCUGCACCUCUUCGAUUAAUGCAAGAAACAGCGCGUAGGAUAGCCAAGGUUGCUAAUGAGUGUAAAAUGAAUCUUGAUGAAGAAGAAUAUGUCGGAAAGUUUAAACCAGAACUGAUGGAUGUUGUGUUUGCUUGGUGUCAAGGAGCAAAAUUCUCGCAGAUCUGUAAGAUGACGACUGUAUAUGAAGGCUCCCUUAUUCGUGUGUUUAGACGACUAGAAGAGCUUUUAAGGCAAAUGUGUGCAGCAGCCAAGAGUAUUGGAAAUAGUGAAUUGGAAAAUAAGUUUUCAGAGGGUAUCAAUAGAAUUCACAGAGACAUCAUUUUCGCAGCAUCGCUUUAUUUGUAA